AGAGGCUUCCGACCCGCACCGCACGCAGAUCAGUCCCCCUCUUCCCUCGGCCGCCGCAGAGAGAGAACAGCACCGCAGCGGAGAGAAGAGAGAGAGGGAGAGGGACCAUGGUGGCGCCGAACGUGAAGGCGGAGACGAUGAGGCUGAUGGACCGGCGGUCGGCGCUGGAGGCGGAGAUGGACGGCAUCAUCGCGGCCCUCUCCGCGCCGGGCGGGGCGGGCAUCACGGGCUCCCUCGUCGACGCCGAGGGUUUCCCCAGGGCGGACAUCGACAUCCCCGCCGUCCUCGCCCAGCGCCGCAAGCUCGGUGAGCUGAGGAAUGACCACAAGGAUGUUACAAACAAAAUUGAGAAGAAUCUGGAAGUUUUACACUCUACAAAAUUAACAAGAAAUGAGCAAUCAAUCCCGAGAAGUUCUGGUAUAUCAGCUCCACUGCAUGGCGGAUUGUCUCAAAAUGAUCCUAUGGAAGAAGAUCUGGUGACCAGACUUCCUUUUGCGAUGAUUGAUGACAUCGCAGAUGGUUCUCCUGCUGCUUUGGAUGGCUUGCUGCUUGGGGAUGAGAUAGUGAAGUUUGGGAGUGUAGAGGCUGGCGGCAGAUUGCAAGAAAGGCUUGUUUCUGAAGCCCUUACCAGUGAGGAUAAUCAAGUGUCUCUGCUCAUCAUUCGUCAGGGAUCACCAAUGAACUUGACAAUUACACCAAGAAAGUGGCACGGAAGAGGACUUAUGGGGUGCCAUUUCCGAAUCUUGUGAAGGGCCGCGGUCUAUAUAUUCAACUGUAGAACGGGGUGCUUUCACGUCUGCAUUUGUGCAGACAGCUCUUGCCGCCCUGCAUUUCAACAUGGAAGUAAACUGAUAACCUGAACGCAUGUACUUAUUUUACCUGUAGCCGCGCUUAAAGCACAACGCAAUGCCACUGUGGAACCUGUAGUCGCCUUGGUUGCAGGCUUUAUUUGGUACGUUACCCUUCGUUCGCCCGGAUAAAGAACAAUGUCUAUCACGUUUUGGCAAUGAUGAUGUAGAAAACCUAAAGUCAACAUGAAGUUGGAUCGUGUGGACAGAGAGAAAAAAGCUGCCAUUCGUA